AUGCAUUCGGUCAUCACCGCUUCGUGGGGCCCGAUGGAUGUUGACUCUGACGAAGACAAAGAGGGGGGUACGUACCUGGAACCGAUGGACGUUUGCGACGAAGACGAGGUCGAUGGAGGGGACGCGAUGGAAGACAUCAUCGUAUACGCGUCGCACGAAACUACGAAUGCAUAUCCUCUACAACGCGACUACCUUCGCACGAUAGUUGAAAACGAGCAGCAGCUAUUCGCCAAUGAAAGAACUCUUGGUCUCAUCACUCAGGCACUCGACCGCGCGCCUCGUUGGGCCAUAAAGAAACUCACACCCACUUAUUUGACGUUACAUUUAUCCGAUAUCGGACGAGAAGUGGGAAUUUCGGACGAGAAUCAAGUGAAAUCUCUGAUUUUGAGCAUGAGUGAGUGCUCAGAAAUCCCCACGGGGCUGUCUGCAGAUGGGACUGCGUCAUUCUCGGACCCACCAGUGAAAUUCGAGAAGAAUGAUGUCGACCGCGUAUUGUCACAGGCACAGCAGCUUCUUGUGAGGCUUGAAAAAGAAAUGGAAAGGAACAAAGAAUAUCUGACAAAGGCCGUCAAGAGCAAGGAUGACGCAGCUCUGGGACUAGCAAUGGAUGAAGAUGGCGCAUUUGGAGACCGUCCAUCAGGCAACUGGCCUGAAGAUAUUAGUUUUGCUUGA